CAGUAUUGACCCCGCUCGUGCAGUCCAGCUCGGGUAGUCCGCCAUUGGUCAAGCCCCCUUCCUUUCUCCCCUCUUCCUCCGUCUCCCCCGCCUCGUCUCCGCCCGCCGCUCGCCGCCGCACAACCUCCUACUAUUGGGUCGGCCCUCCUACCCCCACGGCAUCCAGCUCGCGCUGCGCCGGGGUUGACCGGGCCGGCGUGAGACUCGCCCGACUGGCACCGAAGAUGAACGCGCGUCAGACUGCGCAGGUGAAUCAGGUCGUCGGCGCCGUCGGGAUGCCGCCGCCGCAAAGCCAGACGCAGGACGCGUGGGUCGAUUCCCAGUUCGUGAUGAUGCGCGGCAACGCCCGAGAAAAGAUAUUCGAGUAUAUAGGAAGGAAGCCAAGCUCGGCUGAUUGGCGGAGGAGGUUACCGCACCUCGCGAGGAGGCUUGAGGAAAUCUUGUUCAGAAAAUACCCAAGCAAGAGGGAGUACUACAAUAUGAUGAAGGGACAAAUUGAGCCGCACUUGCAGUUUGCUAUCAAGGAGUUGAGUGCUCAGAACCAACAACGACAACGGAACCAACAAUUGUCAAGACAGAUAGCAUCUUCCCCUGGCUAUGGGACGAUGAUUCUGACACCUGGUAUCACGCAAGGCGCAAGUGAAACUUCUAGAAUGUCUUAUGUGACAGGCAAUAUUGGCCCUUCGUCGUCUGGUGCAGACAUGGUUCCUCUGAACGCCAACAUGGGGCAAGCUCCUAAUCAGCAUGUAAACACACUGCUUUCUCUGGGGAUGAACUCUACACACCAUGAUCGCCCAAGAGCAUGCAACAACAACCUUGUGAUAGACACAGUGGACACACCUGCAACCAACAGACUCUUGGAAUCCCAUGCACCUCUGAAGGAGGUCCGAAAGGAACCAAAGUUUAGCUGCCCAGUCUGCAUGAAUGAGCUGGUUGAUGCGUCAUCCACCAUCUGUGGCCAUAUCUUCUGCCAGAAGUGCAUCCAGGCCUCCAUCCAGGCUCAGAGCAAGUGUCCAACCUGCCGUAGGACGCUAACCAUGAACAGUUUCCACCGCGUCUACCUCCCGACGAUGGACUGACCUGAUCCACCCUGUUUUAUCUUCUCUUUUACCCCCGGGUGCUGCAAAUCAGAUGGUAACAUUUCAGAAGGAGGUUUGAUUAAGGAUGGCAUUAACAGGGAUAUGGACGUCAUUUGCUUUUCUUUAAAGUCUUCUUAAGGCAUUUGUAUUAUUUACCUGUAUAAGAUAUAUUUGCUUCCGCUGUGAGUUGUAUCUUGGUCGCAAGACCCUUGUGUUGUAUCCAUAUGUUAAAUUUGACUCUUCAGAGUUGUUGCAUAUAUAUGUUGUUGUGGAUCUGUUA